AUGAACCCAAAGAAAUGCGUUUUCGGAGUUCAAGCGGGAAAUUUCCCAGGAUUCUUGGUCCACCAAAGAGGCAUAGAGAUCGACAAAAACAAAGCAAGAUCCAUCAUGGAAGCUUUGCCACCUAGGAACAAGAAGGAAUUGCAAAGUCUCUUAGGAAAAAUUAAUUUUUUGAGGAGAUUUAUAUCCAAUUCUGCAGGAAAGAUCCAGCCUUUCUCUUCUUUGUUAAGAUUAAAACAGGAACAAACCUUUAAGUGGGAAGAACAGCACCAACAAGCUUUUGAGGAAAUCAAGCAUUACCUCUCAAAUCCACCAGUUCUGUCCCCACCAAGAAGAGGCAGACCACUCAAGCUCUAUAUAUCUGCAUCAGAAGUAUCCAUUGAAAGUUUAUUGGUUCAGGAUAACAAGGAAGGAAAGGAACAGGCGGUUUAUUACCUAAGCAGAACUCUGACAGAAGUGGAAAGAAAAUAUUCUGCAAUUGAAAGACUUUGCCUAGCCUUGUACUUCACUGCUGUAAAGCUCAGACAUUACAUGCUGCCAUACACCAUCUAUAUCAUUGCCAAAACAGAUCUGAUCAAAUACAUGCUAACAAGACCAAUGCUAAGAGGCAGAAUUGGAAAAUGGACCUUGGCCUUGACAGAAUUUGCCUUCAGAUAUGUUCCUCAGAAAGCCGUCAAAGGACAAGCUGUGGCAGACUUCCUAGCAGAUCAUCCCGGAGAGGAGAUUGAAAAUAUGGACUCUCUAGACAUAGCAAAUGCAGAUCUAUUGACCAGAGCUCACACCUGCCUCAACAAUCCUAUCUACUCAGUUCAUCUUGCACCUUGGAAGUUAUACUUUGAUGGAUCAAAAACUGAUAUAACUUCAGGGGCAGGAAUUGUCUUGGAAGAACCACUUGGAAUCAGACACUGCUAUUCUUUCCAAUUGGAUUUCCAAUGCACCAACAACAGGGCAGAAUAUGAGGCCUUAAUAAUUGGCUUAGAAAUACUGGUAGAACUAGGAAUCCAAUCUGUGGAAAUUCUGGGAGAUUCCAUGCUAGUUUUGAAACAAAUUGCUGGAGAAUACAAGUGCCUAAGCCCUUCUUUGGCUGUCUACUUGGUGGCAGCUAGGAAUCUUCUGACAGAAUUCAGAGAAGCCACUUGGGAACAUAUCCCAAGGGAAGAAAAUUUUGCAGCCAAUGAAUUGGCCCAGGUGGCAACAGGCGUACAAAUGCCCGAAGACUGUGUACAAAGAAUCAUCAGGAUAGGAAAGAAAAGCCUACCAUCUGUUCUGGCCAGAGGGAUGGAGAUAGAUGUCAAUUCUGCCACAAUCACUAAAGAUGAUUGGAGAAAUCCUAUCAUGACCUAUCUACGAUAUCCAACUUUGCCCUCUGAGAAGAGAGUCAGAAUCAUGGCUUUAAACUACCUUAUGUGGAAUGAAGAUUUGGUCCGAAAGAGCAAGGAUGAGGUGCUUUUAAGGUGCCUCGGAAAGAAAGAAUACAUGAAAGUUAUGGGGGAAACCCAUGAAGGAAUCUGUGGAGCACAUCAAGGUGGGAGAAAAAUGUGCUGGUUAAUUAGGAGAUAUGGCUACUUCUGGCCAACCAUGAUGAAAGAUUGCAUUAACUAUUCCAAGGGGUGUGAAUCUUGUCAAAGACACGGCCCAGUCCAGCAGGCUCCAUCAGUUCCCAUGAAUCCAGUGGUAAAACCAUGGCCCUUGAGAGGAUGGGCAAUGGAUCUCAUUGGUAAGAUCUAUCCAGCCAGCAGCCAGCAGCACUGCUUUAUCAUUGUUGCCACAGACUAUUUCACUAAGUGGGUGGAAGCCAAGGCUGUUAAAUCUACUACAUCUCAAGAGAUCAUCACUUUCAUAGAAGAGCAGAUUAUCCAAAGAUUUGGCAUCCCAGAAUCAAUCACAACUGAUAGAGGAUCCUCCUUCAUAUCCGGAGAAAUGCUGGACAUGGCAGAGGCAUUCAAAAUCAGACUGCUCCAAUCCACUCCUUAUUAUGCCCAAGCCAAUGGACAGGCAGAAUCAAGCAACAAAGUGAUCAUCAACAUUAUCAGGAAAAUGCUUAAGAAGAAUCCGAAACAAUGGCAUGAGAAGCUGUCAGAAACUCUGUGGGCAUAUAGAACUUCAAAAAGAGAAGCGACUGGCAUGACUCCCUAUGCGUUAACCUACGGUCAUGAUGCAAUUCUGCCUAUGGAGAUAGCUGUUCAGUCCCUCAGAAUUGCUCACCAACAUGACUUAGUAGGAGAAAACUACUCCCAGGCCAUGCUGCUGGAACUGGAGGGAUUGGAUGAAAGCAGAAUUGACACUCUCAACAAACUCCGGGCAGGAAAACAGGCUGUAUCAAGGGCCUACAACAAGAGAGUCAGGAACAAGAGUUUUGAAGAAGGGGAGAUAGUCUGCAAGGCAGUUCUGCCCCUCGGAACCCAUGUGGCUGGUUAUGGAAAAUGGUCACCUACAUGGGAAAGCCCUUUCAUAAUGAACCAGAUCCUCGGAAUGGGGGCAUACAGGUUGCAGGAUAGGGAUGGAGAAGUUCAUACGGCCCCAAUCAAUGGCAAAUGGUUAAAAAAGUUUUAUCCAACCAUGUGGGAUGCGCAGGCUGUACAAACAGACCCCGGGAUAGACACAAGAUUACACUAG